AUGAAAAGAAACACGUUGAAUCGGGAGCAGAGUGCCUCGUCGCUCGCUGACGCGCAAGAAACGCGCACCGUCGCAGAUCAAAAGAGCAACUUGGAAACGAAAACCAUUUGCACGCAAACAACCAUCGAAGCUUUGCACUCGAAUGAAAAAUGUUCAAAUGAUAAUAAAAAAAUGACAGAUGAGAAUUAUUUUACACCAUCGUGUGUUUGUGUGAAACAAAAAAAAUCGUCGGCAUUCUGGUGUAUCGACGAGGAUCCUGCCCCUCAAUGGCUCAUCGAGGAAGCCCUCAACAGAGGGACUGAGCGCAUUGAGCAGCGGACAAAGGUGCAAAUAUCGUCGAACAAGGAGGCCGAAUACGAGAGAAUCAUAUUGGAACUCGAGGCAAAACUAGCACUGACAAAGGAGAAGUUCGAAGAAGCUCUAAAGGCGAAAUUAAUUGUGAAGGAAAAGUACAAGAAGUCUUUGGAAAAUGUAAAAGCCGAAGCUCGUAAGGAAAAUGAGGUACUGCAAGAAAGAAUCGUUCGUAUCUGUACUUCCGUUUUCGAAAAUUUUGGCCCACGUUCGAAUGACCGAAGAAGAAGAAGCGGUUAUCAAAUUAAAUCUUACAGAAAAUUAAAGUGUCACGAGAGGAUUACGAGUAAACUACAUAAAAAGCUACGGAUGGCAGUGGCGAAAUCGAAGAAAUUGAAACGGGAAUUGGCGGCAGCUCGGAGGACUUUGAAAAACAAAUUGGAGGAGCACGAGUCGAUCAGUAAAUGCUUUGACCAGCUGAAGCAAGAUAUGGAGGCCACUGAAACGAAUUUGAACGAUCUGAUCAGCGAGAACCUUUCUUUAAGGAGGAAGAUAGAUGACACGAGGAACUGGCUGCAGCAUACCAUGGGAAAGGAACACUGCACAGCGAAUUUCCGAGAGGUGUAUAAAAGCAGAGAAUUGACGAAUCUGAAAAAGAAAAUUAAGGAAGAUUCGGAGACUAUUGCUCAACUUAAAAACAGAUUAGCACGGUCAGAGUCAGCCAAUGCCAACAAGGGGUUCUUACUGAACAGUUACAAAGGUCAAUUGACAGACUUGGGUAAAGAGAAAAAUCAACUUACAUCUGCAAUAAAGAAUUUGGAAAAUGAAAUUGGCAAUAUUCGUAGCAGUAACUCGCAGCUAAGAGCAAAAAUUUCGAUAUUAAAUGGCGAAAAGGGUAAAAUACUCUCGGACAUUGAAAAAUCAAAAACGAACAUGAAAGAGAAGAUGGAAACACAAUGUGCCAAGAAAUGUGAAGAAACGAUGCAACAGGAAAUUGAAGUUAUUAAAACUAAAUACGAAGAGACUAUCAAGACUAUGAAAGCAAAAAUGUUGAUGACUAAGAACCAGAAUAUCGAGUAUUUAAACGCUAUAAAGGAAUUUUUGAACAAACUAUACGAGCAUCAAGAAAAUUGUGAAGCUCAGAGAACAUUAAACCAAAGUGAAACGUGUGAAAGAGAAACCGAAGAAGUUAUUUGUAAUAUUCUGAAUAUAACACCGAAGGAAUUAUCUAGGAUCACUGAUGCAAAACCUCAAGACUCGGUUAAUUCGUGGAUAACUGAACUAAAUCGAAUAACUACAGCAAAUCACUUCUCCAAAGAUUUAUCGAAGUUUCUGUUAAGAAAAGUGACAAAGAUGAUUAAGACAUAUCAGAGGAUCGAUGGAAAUUAG